AUGACUAUGCUUCAGGAUUUCAUACCGCCUACACGAGAUGAGGUCAAUAAAAUAAUAGAAUCAUACAGUUUUUUUAACUUCAUCACUAGCUCUGUAAUGCUUUCAACUUUGGAGGAUGGAAAGAUUGUAAAGGGCCUUGCUGGAAUUCCUUCUGAGGGGUCUGUUUUGUUAGUUGGGAAUCACAUGCUGCUAGCAUUGGACAAAGUUUCCUUGUUAACUCGAACUUAUACUAAACGAGACAUCACUGUUCGAGGAAUGGCACAUCCCUUUAUGUUUAGGAGACUGAAAAGUGGAAGAUUGCCAAAAGUAUCUUUUUUUGACUGGUUAAGAGUUAUGGGUAUUGUUCCUGUAAUGGUGACUAACCUUUUCAAGCUUUUUUCUUCCAAGUCGCAUGUGCUAUUAUUUCCUGGAGGGUUUCAUGAGGCUUUUCAUAGGAAGGGUGAAGAAUACAAGUUAUUCUAG